AUGUGUAUGGGAGGACCUCCCGCGCCGCCACGGCACGAGGAGCAGGACGCGGUGCUAGAGGUGCGCGUGCAGCUGCUAGGCGGCGGCGGCGUGCACAACAUCAACGACAACGCCGACAUCCUCUCGGAGAUCCUGGCGCGCCUGGACGGCCGCUCGCUCGCCGCCGCCGCCGGGGUGUGCCGCCUCUGGGCCGCCGUGUCGCGCCGCGACGCCGUGUGGGAGGAGCUCUGCCUUCGCCACGUGGGCCCGGCGUCCGGCCCCGCCGCGGCCGGCCAUGCCACCCGCACCGUCGUCGCCGCGCUCGGCGGAUACCGCAGGCUCUACCGCCUCUGCCUCGGCCCGGCGCUCGACCGGCUCGGCCGCGCGGGUGCACUCGCCCACGCGCAGGCGCGGGAACGGCUGUCGCUCUCGUUGUCUCUGUCGCUCUUCUCCAUCGACUGCUACGAGCGCCUCGGCGGCUCGGGCGGGGGAGGUGCAGCCGGCAGGCAGCAGCCGCCGUCGUCGCUGCUCUUCCUCUGCAAGCCCGUGGACGUGUCCUGA